AUGGCAGCUUGUGAACUUGGUCCUCAAUUGCUCAAUGGCUGCUUGCACGAGGCCCAUCGCACCGAAAUUGUCGCCUUCAAUCUUCAAGGCCUGCGAGAUUCUCUCGCGCAAAGCCUCCAACCCCACCUUAGCGGGAUCAUUGGGGAGAUGGCGAACACAAGCCGGUUGUUGAAAGACCUCGCGGAGCAGGCUCAGAUACACCUUUCUCAGUUGCCGGUCGUAGUCGACUACCUCAACGUCCUCCUACCAUGCCUGUGCAGGACGCUCCGAGAUAUAACGGCGUACUAUGCGGAUAAGUCUAUGGAUAGGGAGCACCGCUGGAGAACCAUGUACCACAAGAUGGGCAACGAACUUCCGGGAACGACUCUGCCAGCUAGGUUCAUCAUGUACAAUCAGUUCCUGGUGCUUCUGCAAUAUCUUCUAUUGAGAUCUCCCAAUUUUGAUAUGAACGCGAUGGAGAGUCUUCGAGCACGCAUCAUGCUGCUGCGCGAGGCUAGGAAGAUACCCCCUCCUAGUUCUAUCAGACCUGAUUAUCUCCGGCGCUAUGAGGCUUUGGACUUUUGGAACCAGGAAACGAAUUCUCAUUGGGCCGAGGCGAUCUUCACUCAACCACUGCCAACCCGGAGAGAAUUCAAGAGACAAGGAUGUACGGAUGCUUUUGGCCCUAUGCAAAUGCUCGGCUACCUCCCGCCCCUCCCCCUCGGGGUUAAGAUACUCGUAAAACGAUCAUUCGACAACGACCGCGUUUCGGUGAUCUUCUUCCUGCAGCUCAAGAACCAGGCGCCAUCCCUCUUAAUCCGUUCGAAAUGGAUGAAUCAAAACUGGGUUUCCAUUCUAGGAGUGCACGAGCUGGCCAUUCGAAGAGAUUCCGAGUCGGUUUUGUAUCUGUCGAGGUGGAGUAGAUCAGAGGACCGAGCCAAACCCUGGGCAAAUCUAGCCUUCUUAACGUGGGAAGAGAUGGUGCUCUUCUACUGUACUUUCCUAUGUCUGAGAGUCCGAAGUGAGCUCACUGUCAAUAUCAGACCCUCGGAGUUCGAGUUGCGUAAGGAGACUCGACUUUUCCAAGCCCAAAUCCAUGACGACGGGUACAGCCAUGUUCUCAUGGUACUCGAGGACGCUGCCACGGGAGGCCGUCGCCUCCAUGCGGCUGUCUGGGAAGGCAAGCUCGUAGCAUGCCCCAUAUGGACGGCGUUUAUCCCGCAGAACGUAUCCUCCACCUGGCUGCAGCGGAAAACAGACCGCCGCGUCUGGCUACGGGAUCUCCAACCGUACGUGUUCUACGAUAAAUACCAGCCGCACAACCAGCGGCGAGGGCGAUACGGUGCCUUCGAGAUCUGCUUCGUGAAUAGCGAGGCUGCGGAUAGGUUCCAGGAGCUGUUCGCGCCGUCGCCGGCACCGUCUGCCGGCACCGAGUCCACCGGGAGCACCAACGAGACCCCUACCGAGACGGCUAGUUAA